ACAAGAUAUCGAUGAGAAAAAUAGCAAGUAAUCUCCUCCAAUCCCUUUUUUGAUGAACCAUGAUUGCUGUUAAUUUCAUGAACUCUCUUGAUCAUAAUCUGAUUACCCUUUUCACCACCUGUAGUUUCUUGUUUCUUGUACUCGCACCAGAAGCUGUAGCUUCCUCGGGCUUCAACAUUAGCAGCUUUGAUUCAAAUAGUCCACAAAUUAAGACAGAGGGAGAUGCAAGCGUGGUGGUCGGUACGGUUCAACUUACCUUGAACUUGCGCGACAAGGGACAGGAAGGGAGUUCUGGUCGCGCAACUUACAAAGAAGCAUUUCAGCUUUGGGACAACAAAUCUGGAAAUCUCUCAGGCUUCACUACCCAUUUCACCUUCGUCAUCAACUCGUUAGGGGGUUCAAUUUACGGCGAUGGUCUAACAUUUUUUCUUGCACCAUACUCCUUCCAAUUUCCUUCUAAUUUAACUGGUGGUGGUGGUCUUGGUUUGUUUCCGAAUGCCGGUAACUACUUCGACAAAGCGGGUUUUCCAUUUGUUGCAGUUGAGUUUGAUACUCAUCAAAAUGGUUGGGAUCCACCAUUUGAUCACGUAGGAAUCAACAUUGACUCCAUGGCCUCUGUCAAAACUGUGCCUUGGAUCAGCAGUAUUCCGAAUGGGACCGAGACAGAGGUAUGGAUCACAUAUGAUUCAAUCAAGAAAAAUCUAAGUGUUGAGUUUGCUUAUGUUGAUAGGGAAAGUAAGAAACGCAGUGUAGGAGAAAUCUCUUAUGAGGUUGAUCUGAGAAAAAUCUUGCCUCAAUUGGUUUCUAUUGGCUUCUCCGGUAGCACUGGAAAUGCAUUUGAAAUAAAUACCAUCUCUUCAUGGGCUUUCAAUUCAAGUUCAUCUUUUUCUUAUUCUAGUUUGAAUGAAUCUGUUCCAUUAAGGGAGAAGCCAAGUCCAUUUUCCGACACAAAUCCGGAGCGGGAAGAAAGGGAUUUGGCUGUAGGAUUUGGUAUUGGAUUUUGUUUCUUGAUCAUUUGCCUAGUUUUACUUCAUAUCCGUUCGAGGACGAAGAAGAUGAGACAAGUCGAAAAUGUCGAUGUUUCUAUAGUAUUACAAGUCUCUUUUGGUGAUGAAUUUCAAAGGGGAUUAGGACCUAAGAAAUUUUCUUCUACUGAAUUGGCUGAGGCAACAAAAAACUUUGCAGAAGAAGAUAUGCUUGGAGAGGGAGGGUUCGGAGCGGUUUAUCGAGGCUUUUUAAAAGACUUGAACUCCUAUGUAGCUGUAAAGAGGAUAUCAAGUGCAUCUAAACAGGGAGUCAAAGAAUACGCAUCAGAAGUGAAGGUCAUUAGCCGAUUAAGGCACAAAAAUAUGGUGAAGCUCCUUGGCUGGUGCCAUGAAAAGGAUCUCUUACUAGUUUAUGAGUUCAUGCCUCAAGGAAGCCUAGACGCUCACCUUUUCAAAGGUAAAAGCUUGUUGACAUGGGUUUUGAGAUACAAAAUUGUUCAAGGAUUGGCCUUGGCAUUACUUUACCUACACGAAGAAGGUGAUUUCUGCGUGAUUCAUAGAGACAUUAAAUCAAGCAACAUUAUGUUGGAUUCCGACUUCAAUGCAAAGCUUGGAGAUUUCGGGUUAGCCAGGCUUGUUGACCACGCAAAAGGGUGUCAAACCACAAUGCUGGCAGGGACCAUGGGUUACAUGGCCCCUGAAUAUCUAAUGUCAGGCAAGGCUAGCAAAGCAACAGAUGUAUAUAGUUUCGGAGUCGUUGCGUUGGAAAUAGCUUCUGGUAGAAAGGCUGCGGAUCCUAAGAACGCUGAAGAAAUAAGACUAGUAGAAUGGGUUUGGGAGUUGCAUGGAACUGGGAAUGUACUUGAUGCAGUAGACCCCAAAUUGUGCAGAGAGUUUGAUGAGGAGCAAGUCAAGAUAUUGAUCCUUGUAGGUCUAUGGUGCGUACAUCCAGACCACACAUUCCGGCCUUCGAUACGGCAAGUGAUCAAUGUUCUUAGUUUUGAGGCUCCAUUGCCUACACUACCAUCACAAAUGCCAGUGCUAGCAUAUCUAACUCCGUCGCAAGAAAUGUUUGAAAUGCUGCGUUUCUUAUCUUCUGGUGAUCAUGAUCGUCAUGCCACUCAUGACAAUGGAGUAGUUACCCAAACCCAGAAUUCAAAUCAAGAUUACACCUCCAUAUCCUCAAAGUCUUCUGUAACUAUGUCAUAUAUGAAUUCCUCUUCUCAUUCCAUGUCCUCUUCAAUUGAAAAGUUGAAUGUAAUUUAA